AUGUUGUUCUCAACCUCAGCGCCUCGCAAACGCAGCAUCAACAUCGGACUUGCCGCUACCUUGUUCUGCUCUCUAUAUCCUCAACGAGGUGCCUGCGUCGCUCCUCCCUCAGGCAAUGUGCAGUCGCUAGUUGGCUCCACAGUUAACCUCGACUAUGGAUCUUUCACUGGCCUUCAAAACACAGGCACGGGGAUCACCUAUUUCCGUGGUGUCCGUUAUGCCGAAGCCCCAGCGGGGAAUUUGCGAUGGAGGGCACCUGUUUCGCCUCCAGAUAGACAUCUUGGAAGGGUGAAUGCGACACAGUUCGGCGAUGCCUGCAUUGCGACAGCCCAGACCAGCGAAGUCAAUGGGGCAUCCGAAGACUGCCUCUUCGGAAACAUCUACAUUCCGACUAACACUACAAAAUCAUCAAACUUCCCUGUUCUUGUUUACUUCCACGGUGGCGGGUUUCAGGGAGGAAGUGCUCGCACUGUUCCACCGGAGUUGAUACUGCAAUCCUCUCAAAAACCUCUCAUCUUCGUCACCUUCCAAUAUCGACUUGGCCAGUUCGGUUUCCUCGGAGGAUCAGAUGUCAAGGCCAAUUGGGCGCUGAACGCGGGGUUCUUGGAUCAGCGAGCGGCAUUACGCUGGGUACAGAGAUAUAUCCACAAGUUCGGCGGUGAUCGAAAGAAAGUAACAAUCUGGGGCCAGUCCGCUGGAGCAGGAGCAACGAUGUUCCACCUAGUCGCCGACGGAGGGAACAACGAGGGUCUUUUCCGAGCUGUGAUGGGAAAUAGCCCUUCCCUCAGCUAUAUUCCCGCCUACAAUUCCACCUAUGUCGAGAACUUAUACGACAAAUUCGUCAGCCUGACCGCCUGUGCCGGUCAAACAGGCGCCGAAGCUUUCCGAUGCUUACGCGGGGCUCCAGUUCUCGACCUCAUCCGCGCAGGCAGCGGGGUCCUUACUGAAUACCCAGCGACACUUUACGUCUUCGCACCAAUCCUUGACGGGACCAUGCUCUCCGCCCGGCCCGUCGACGCCUUCUAUUCCAACUCCUCGUCUGCUCCACCGAAGUUCUCGCGCGUACCCGUCCUAUUCGGUUCUAACAUUGAUGAAGGCGCCGUCUGGUCAUCCCUCCUCCCCGACCCGCUCGCUAAUACCUCCAUGCCGGAUGCCAACGAAGAGACCGUCGUUCGGUUCUUGCAGGGCCAGUGGGCGACUAUGCCCCGAGUCAUUUUCGAUGAUGCGAUGAACUCAAGUGUGGGGAUGUAUCCGAUUACCGACUAUGGUGGUAGUGUGUCCUUGCAAGGGCAGCAGAUGUACGGUGAGGCAAGGUAUAUAUGUACUGCUGGGCUCAUCACCGGCGGUGCGAACGUUGCUGGAGUGCAGGAUUCAUACCAGUACAGUUAUCACAAUCCUCACCUUGGGUCUGGUCACUCGGCUGAAAUCGUUGGAUUUUUUGCACCCCCUGCCAACGCAGACGCCAAAGAUCUUGCCCUAUAUCAAACGAUCCGGGAGUACUGGACCUCCUUCGUAACUGACGGCCGUCCAACUGCAAGAAACAGUAUCGCCUGGGAGCCUUCUAAUAGUGGUAAUGGAAGCCCUCGCCUUCUACUUCAUCCUGACGGCGUCGCGAUGGAACAAAUCGAUGAGACGUUGAGCGGGCGAUGCGACUAUUGGCAUCGAACUUGGCCGAGGAUGCACGACUCAAAUGCCUCUUGA